AUGUGGGGCUGUAGCAGCAGCAGCAGCAGCCGCAGCAGCAGCAGGCUCAACACAGCCUCAAGACCGGGCCGGGCAGAGCAGGAGCAGCAAGAACAGAAGCUGCAGCAGCAGCAGCAGCAGCAGCAGCGUCAGCUGGCAUACCACUCCGAUACAUUCUUGCAGUCGCAGCAGCGUUGUCGACAGCAACAGCAGCAACAGCAGCAGAAGCAACAGCAGCAGCAGCAACAGCAGCAGCUGCUGCUGCUGCAGCAGGCAAUGGCGGCCCUACGAAGCCCCGAUCCUCACUUUGAAUGCAGGCCCCACCCCUGGAGGAGAUGCAGCAGCAGCAUCCAUCAGCAGCAGCAGCAGCAGCAGCAGCAACGGCUGCCGCGCCUCUCCGACACCUUCCCCCGGUCCGUGCAGCAACAACAGCAGCAGCAACAGCAGCAACAGCAGCAACAGCAACAACAGCAGCAUUGCUGCAGAGUGUCUCCUAGUAUUGCUGCUCGCUGUGCGGCCUUUGAGCGUUUUUCUCGCGUGUCAGGAGCAGCAGGCAGUCGCUCUGCUGCUGCUGCUGUUGCUGCUGCUGCUUCCUCGAAUGAGGCAGAAGCCGCUGCGCGAGCUGCAGCAGCAGCUGCUGCGCGAGCAGCAGCAGCAGCUGCUGCUGCUGCUGCACCUCCUGUUGCUCCUCCUUCCUCUCCGAUUUUUUCCCCGCUCGCUGCUGCCCGAAGAUCUCAAACUGCUGCGAGUGCUGCUGUUGCUGCUGCUGCUGCUGCUGCUGCUGCUGCCGCUGUUCUUCCCUCCUCCCCAAAGGGUGGCAGUGUGGGCUGGCGCGGCAGCUACUGCAGCAGCAGCACCAGCAGCGGCGGCAGCAGCAGCAGCAACGAUAGUAACAAGGAGAAUGUGCUGCUGCGGCGGAAGACAACCACCGCAUGUCCUGCUGCAGCAGUUGCUGCUGCUGCUCCCGUCUUACCCAGGCUGUCUAACUCACAGAGUACCGUUGCGGUAGAGUAUCGCUCCAGAACACUGCAGCAGCAGCAGCAGCAGCAGCGGCAGCAGCAGCAGCAGCAGCAACAGCGGCAGGGGCAGCAGGAGCUGCUGCUGCUGCAGCAGCAGAGGCAGCAACAGCAGCAGCAGCAGCGGCAGGGGCAGCAGGAGCUGCUGCUGCUGCUGCAGCAGCGGCAGCAACGGCAGCAACAGCAGCAGCAGCAACGGCAAGGGCAACAGGAGCUGCUGCAGCAGCAGCAGCCUGCGCAAAAACGACUGCAGCUGCAGCAGCAACAGCAACAGCAACUUGCUGCUGGGGACGCAUGCAAGGUUUUGGAGGAGGGCAGCAGCAGCGGCGGCAUCACGCGGCUGCUGCAAAUUUCAAAGUCAGGUGAAGCAGCAGCAGCAGCAACAGCAGCAGCAGCAACAGCAGCAGCAGCAGCACCCCACGAUGGGGACGCGAGGUUUAGCCCCGAAGCUGCUGAAGGCAAAUUGAGAGAUGCUGCUGCUGCUGCUGCUGCUGCUGCUGCUGAUAGGAGCCCGGCAACCCCAUCCUGCGCAGCAGAACCAGGACAGCAGAAGCAACAGCAGCAGCAGCAGCAGCAGCAGCAGCACAUACAGCUGCGGUGCCGGGGUUUGAGGGAUGACCGCAGCUGGCUGCAGCAGCGCCAGACUGUCCCCUGUUGUUAUGCUGCAGCAAAUCCAGGAGUAGAGACACGGCGUACAUCAGCAGCAGCAACUGCUGCAGCAGCAGAUGCAGCAGCAGCAGCAGCUGCUGCAGCGGAGCCCAGCAAAGCAGCUAAACACCACAGUCAGCCUGCUCCAGGUAGACGUACGACGCAGCCUGCUGCUGUGGUUCAAACAGCAGCAGCAGCAGCAGCAACAACAGCAGCAGCAGCAGCAACAACAGCAGCAGCAGCAGCACCAACGAGAUCAAAAACAGCGCCGGUAGCUGCUGCUGCUGCAGCUGCUGCAACAGCACCAGCAACAACAACAGCAGCAGCAGCAGCAACGAGGCCAAAAACAGCACCGGUAGCUGCUGCUGCAACAGCAGAAGCUACAACUGCAGCAGCAAAUACAGCAGCAACGGAAUCCAAGUGGAGGCGCAGCAGAAGCUCAGCUACUGAAGCCGGUGCGGAAAGGAAGGAGCUUGCUGCUGCUGCUGCUGCUGCUGCUGCUGCUGCUUCUCCUAAGCCGCUGCUGCUCCCCAAGCUCUCGCUGUUCAUCUCUGCGACAGCAGCAGCAACAGCAACAGCAGCAUCAGCAAGAGCAGCAACAACACCAGCAGCAACAGCAGGAGCAGCGCCAGAAGCAGCAGCAACAGCAGCAACAGCAGCAGAUACGACUGUGGGAUCGAAGAUGCGGCUGCCUGAAGCGACAUUCGGAAGGUCGCCGGGCUGGGGCUUCAGCAGCAGCAGCAGCAGAAGCAGCAACAGCAGCAGCAGCAGCAGCAGCAAAGGCUGUCACAGCAGCGACGACAGCAGCAGGAGUAUUCUUUUCUCUGAGGAGACUCCAUGCAGUCCGCUGCAGCAGCACUGGCAGCAGCAGGAACGCCAGCAGCAACAGCCCCAGCAGGCACAGCAGCAACAACAGCAGCAGCAACGGCAGCAGCAGCAGCAGCAGCAGCAGCGUGCACUCAAUCGCUGCACUCUGCUGCGAAUCCCUGAGGCUAGAUUAAUGUGGACGGGGCUCGCGGCGGUGCUGCCGCUGGUGGCCCCACACUUAGUUCGAGCUGCAGAUACACCCGAAUCUGCUGCUGCUGCUGGUUCUGCUGCUGCUGCUGGGGGGAGGGAGGAGCUGCAGCAGCUGCUGCAGCAGCAGCUGCUUGAUCUUCAUCCAGCAAUUCGCAACAGACAGCUCAUAAGGGCUAUUCUCGAUGGCCAGGUGUCUCUGUUGUCUCUGGUGCCGGUAGACGCAUCGCACUUGGAGAGGGAUUUGUCGCUGCUGCAGCCGCUGCAGCAGCUGCAGCUGCGGCUUCUAAAUGGGUUUACCUUUAGCUGCUGCAGCGAGGCGCAUGCAUCACAUGCUGCUUGUCUUCGUACUUUAGAUCGUAGCCUCGCUCAAAUGCUGGGGCAGUGGCUGCUGCGCUGUGCAUGCGAAAGCAAGCAGCAGCAGCAACAGCAGCAGCAGCAGCAACAACAGCAGCAGCAGCAGCAGCAGCAGCAGGAACGGCGACAGCCGCUGCUUGAGCAGGUCCAGCAGCAAAAGCCGCUGCUGAAGCACGUUCAGCAGCAGCAGCAGCAGCAGCAGCAGCAAAAGCCUCUGCUGGAGCAGAUGAAGCAGCAGCAACAGCAGAAGCGACUGCAGAUGCAGCAGCAACAGCAGCAGCAGCAGCUGCGGCUGCAGGAGCAGAUGCAACAACUGCAACCCCGUAGGGGUUUGCUGCAGCAAUCUGCUGCAGCAGCAACAGCUCCUGCUGUUGCUGCUGCUUCAGGACCUUGUCUUAGCAAAGCUGUGAGGGGAUCGCCACAGGGGACAGAUAUGCUGGGUGCAGAUAUUUCUUCCCCUACAGCGGCUGCUGCAGCUGCUGCAGCAGCAGCUGCGGCGGCGGCGGCUGCCGCUGCAGCUGCUGCGCAUUCGGAAGCAGAAGCAGCAGCAGCAGCAGCUGCUGCUGCUGCUGCUAUGCGGAGGGACGUCGCGAGACUCCCGAGCAGCCCCUUUAACUGGCGCCUGGGCAGCAGCAACAGCAGCAUUAGCUCGGCCAGCAGCAGCAGCAGCAGCAGCAGCAGCAGCAGCAGCAGCAGCAGAAGGUUGCAGCUGGAGCCGUUGCGUCUGUGCCAUGUAGAGUGUUCUGUGUUGUCUCCUGCUGCUGGCGAUUCAUGUUUGCCUGAAGGCCGCCUGUACAGCUUAAGUAGAGAGGAGACAGCAGCAGCAACAGGAGCAGCAGCAGCAGCAGCAGCAGCAAAAGUGCAGCAGGGAGACAGCGAUGAGGGUGAGAUAGGAGAAGCGCUGGAGGCCGCUACACCCGCUUUGGUGCGGCGGUUAGAGUCUUUGAAGUCUCCCUUUCGUUGCUCUGCUGCUGCUUCACCUGCUGCUGCUUCACCUGCUGCUGCUGCGCCUGCUGCUGCUGCACCUGCUGCAGCUGCAGCAGCAGCAGGGCCAAGUGCAGCUACACCUCAAAGCCCCACGUCUCCCUGCAGCAAAAGAGCGAAGCUCAAGCCGGAGCUGCACUCCGGAUGUGCAGCAGAAGAGGAAGUUGCUGCGGGUCAAACUGCAGCAGCAGCAACUGCAGCAGCAGCAACAGCAGCAGCAGCCCAGCAUGGGAGUGCUGCAGCCUCACAAACCAUACCUCAGCAAGAGCCCCUGGGGAAGCAGCAGCAGCAGGCUGAGCUUCAGCAGCAGCAGAAUGAGGCAGGCAGCAGCUGCAGCAGUAGCAGCAACAACAGCAGCAGGAGCAGAUUUCCUAGCCUGUACGACUUGCCGCCGUCAGCAGACAGCGCUACAGCAGUGCAGCAGCGGGAGUUAGGGAGACAGUUUGUGCUGCAGCUGGGGGCCUUAAUAUUAGCUGCCAGCAGCAGCAGCAGCAGCAGCAGCAGCAAGAAGCUGCUGCUGCCGCAGCUAGAGCCCCUCAGGAUAGCAGCAGACACACUCAGUGCCUACGACUUCUCCCGCUCUGCAGCUACGCAGCAGCUUUCUGCUGCUGCUGCUGGGGCAAGAGGAGCUGCAGCGGAUGGAAGCAGCAGCAAAAGCAGCAACGCGAAUGAGAACGGCAGCAGCAGCAAACUCUCCCUGCGGCAGCAACAGCAGCAGCAGGAGCAGCAACAGCCCUUCCCGCUGCUGCAGCGGGAAGGACUGGCGAGACGCGGCUCUGCAGCAGCAGCAAAUGCACCGGGUGUAUCAACAACAACAGCAGCAGCAACAACAGCAGCAACAGCAGCAACAGCAGCAACAGCAGCAGUAGCUGCAGCAACAGCAGCAAAUCAGGACCUGUGGAUUCGCUUGCUUUGCCGUUGCCCUGUUUCUCCUGUACAAAUUUCAUUCAGUCGUUCUUCUAGAAAAGCUGCUGCAUCACCUCAACAGGAGCAGCAGCAGCAGGAGCAGCAGCAGCAGCAGCAGCGCCGUUUAAGCUACGGUGUGACAGAAGCCCCGCCGAGAGAUAAUACUGCUGCUGCUGCUUCUGCUGCUGCUGCUUCAAGUGUACAGGAAGGGUCAUUCAAGAGGCUGAGGUCUUGCUUUGCAAGCAAGGGGUACAGCAGCAGCAGCAGCAGCAGCAGCAGCAGCAUUGCCUCUCGGCGGCGUUCCUUUGGGGACCGGACGGUAGCUGCGAUAUCGCUCCAGAAUGCUUCUGCUGCUGCUGCUGCUGCAGCAGCAAACGAGAGAGGAAGCAGAGCUCACUGGUGCGAAUGUUUUCUUAACAUAAAGCUCAGUGAUGCUGCGCCGCGUGACGGUGCUUCAGCAGCAGCAGCAGGUGCUGCUGCUGCUGCAGGCGGUGCUGAAGCAAACAGUCGGUGUGCGCGGCAGCAGAAGGGAGAGGCAGCAGCAGAACGUGCUGCUGCUGCAGCGGCAGCAGCAGCAGAAGGCGUAACAACAGUUGCCAGUGGUUCAAAAGGAGGGAAGAGCGCAGCUGCUGCAGUUGCAGCAGCAGCUGCUGCUGCUGCUUACUGCAGUAGUAGUAGCAGCAGCAGCAGCAGGUGUAUGUACAGGUUGCAGGUAUCGAACGAAAGGCCUGAAAGCGAUCGUUUGUUCUGGGUAAUGCCUGCUGCAGACAUGCGGCAGAGCAGCAGCAGCAGCAGCCGCAGCAGCAGCAGCAGCAGCAGCAGCAGCUGGAAGGUGCUGCAGCUGCCCCGCGCAGUGUCUCUAGAAGACUCUGUUGAGGAGUUGAUGUGCAAGCAAAACUUCUUAAAAGAAUUAAAAAGCAGAAUACACAGCGGGGCCCUCUCCAGGUAA